AGACCUCUCUUCUAGCAUUAUUGCCUUUCGAUCCUCAUCUUCUCUUCCAAAUGGGUCACAUACUUCUCAGAGAUUCAGACCUUGAUCUGAGCUUCAAUAGCCGGUCUUCUUGUUCUGACAGUGACCGGACCAGCGUCUCUAGCUCGCGGAGCAGCGUCAGCCUAUCCGACAUCCGCCACUCCUCCGCUGGAAUCCGGCAAGGCCACCAUCGGAACGACCCCCUUUGGUCUCCCAUAAAGUCGGUGACCCUCCAGGACGGCGGCGUGGACAUCCGCCACCUUGAGCUCAUCCGCCAACUGGGUAGCGGCGACGUCGGCCGGGUCUUUCUCUGCAACCUCAAGGGCUUCGAGCAGGCGAAGUACGCGCUCAAGGUCAUAGACCGAGAGGCGCUAGCCCUCCGAAACAAGCACAAGGUUCCCCAUGUACAGAUAGAGUCGCAGUUGCUCUCUACCUUCGACCACCCUUUCCUUCCUACCCUCUAUUCUAAAUUUGAGUUCCGCCAUUACACUUGCUUCCUCAUGGAUUAUUGCUCGGGUGGGGAUCUUCACGGCCUCCUGAAGAGGCAGCCAGGCAGCCGUUUUGAGCCUUGCGAUGUUAGGUUCUUCGCCGCAGAGGUGCUGAUUGCACUGGAGUACCUCCAUUCUAGAGGCAUAGUUUAUCGAGAUUUAAAGCCGGAAAACGUUCUUCGACGAGAAGACGGCCAUGUUAUGUUAACAGAUUUUGAUCUCUGCUUUCUUUCCGAUGUGGAUCCUAAGCUUCUAAGUCCGGCGAUGGCCAACAGAGGGACCAGCACUGGCUGUUUCAGUCACUGGCAAAGGCCUAAGCCCGGGGGAAUGCCGGAAUUCGUCGCCGAGCCCAGCUCCUCGUCGAGAGCGUGCGUCGGGACCCACGAGUAUCUUGCGCCGGAGAUAAUCUCCGGCAAGGGCCACGGCAGCGGCGUCGACUGGUGGGCCUUUGGGGUGUUCUUGUAUGAAAUGCUGUAUGGGUGCACGCCCUUCAAGGGCGGAAGCAAGGAGGAGACGUUGAGGAAUAUCAUGUCCAAGCCGCUAAAAUUCCCCGCCGGCUCCUCCGACCGGCCGGAUCUUACGGCGGCGAACGACCUCAUACGGAGGCUGCUGGUAAAGGACCCCAGAAAGAGACUAGGGUGCUGUAAGGGUGCUGCCGAAGUAAAAAACCACACUUUCUUCGAUAAGAUCCAGUGGCCGUUGAUACGUUCGUGUUCCCCGCCGAGGUUUGACGGCAAUGGCCGAAGGAGGAGGCAUGUGAUCGUGGUAAGAAAGGGAAGGAAGGGGAUUGUCAGGGGCGGUUGGUCCUGGAAGAAGUUGUAUUCCUGGUUAGCCUCGCGUCGCAGGCGUGAACGUAGAAGGGCUUAAAGUUUUCCUUUUAUUUUCUCUAAUAGGGAGAAACUUUUACAGGGAGGCCGAGAGAUCGAGAAAGAGUUAGUCUUUUUUUUAUCAAAGUUUCUCUUCUUUUUACUGCUCAUGGAAGGUCACAUGUACAUUUUGAAGUUGUAGGAGGGACCUUGUAAAAACGAGAUCGAGUUUAUAAGAAUUUAUUUGACUUCAGAAAGUGAAAUGUUUCAUCUUUUAAACCUGUGUCUGGUGCAGAAGGAAAUAUGUCUUUGGGCCGUACGUAUUGAUCUGUAACAUGUUGGGCAUAACAUGGUCCAAAAAUUUAUCUAAAGCUUCAAGUUUUGUACAUCUACACAAAGAGAUGCUGCGUUUGAACCCUCUU